ACAAUGUACGCGGAAACCCCCGCACUUCCCGUCUGUAAGAUUACAACCAAACUAUUAACAUGAUCUAGAGGAAAGAAGAAGACGAGGGUUUUGGGGAGCCGCAGGUACUUUUUCAUGCGAAAAAAGUGGAAGUUUCUGGAGAAAAGGAGCUAACUUGCUGUCGGAUUUUCUUAUGUCGGUGUUACAGCAUAAAUCAUUUUCUUUUUGGUCUGAUUUGAACAUCUUACUAUGAUCCUUUUCUUGCUGGAUUCCUUGUGGGUAUUUCGACUUUUUCGUGCAAUGCAUAAACUUUGGACUACUUAACACUCUUUGUUGUCAACUACUUGGCGUUGUUGAGAAGCUUUCGUUUCAUUUUCGAAGCAAUGGAGAGUCAAUAAUUUGAGGGUAUAUAAGGAUGGGGACCUCAAAUUGGAUAAGAAUGAAAGUUCGGAUCAGACGAAAGACCAGUGUAGUGUUUGGUGUCAUGGUGUUUCUUGUUCUAGAGCUUCAGUUCUAUACGUUUCCCUACUUGAACGAGCUUUCAUCUUCUUUGUCGAAUACCAACAAUCCUCUGCCUAAAAAGAUGGGCACAAAAUUUGACAGCAUGGGUUUUCUAGAAGUUUCCCCACCCGAUAAUUUUACAAAACUUGCUGAAGCCGUUGGCGACGUCGGUCUCUUCGAAUCUAGCAGCAGAUUAUUUUCUUUGGGUGAUCAGGGUGAAGUCUCUAAUAUUCUGAGUGUGAAGAGAGAUUUUGAGAUGCCAGAUAAUGCAAAAGAAAUGCUUAGAGGAAGACAUAAAAAGGCAGCAUUACCACUUGCUACCCACGUGAAUGCGAAAAUGGUAGGAACACCAACUGAGAACCCUUUAAUGGUGCCAAGGAAAAUGCCUACAUUGGGAGCAGAAGCAACUGCUUUGGCUGCUAAAAGAAAACGUUCAUAUCCUUCACAGAGGACGUCAGUGAGUUCGACUGGUAAUUCCGCAGGAAUGAGCCGUUUCCUUACAGGGGAGGAUCAAGCCGGGAAGAAACGUAGUGGCAAUUCGUAUAGUAAGCCAGUAAGAAUUUCACCUUUGGAAAAGGAGCUUUUGUCUGCGAAAAGAGAAAUUUAUCGUGCUCCUCAUCUGGAGAAUGUCCGUGAAUUGUACGCACCUCUCUUUCGGAACAUUUCCAUGUUUAAGAGGAGCUAUGAGUUGAUGGAAAAAAUAUUUAAGGUCUACGUCUACAAGGAUGGAGGAUCGCCCAUUUUUCAUAAACCUUAUCUCAGGGGAAUCUAUGCUUCAGAAGGAUGGUUUAUGAAACUGAUGGAAACAAGCAAAUACUUUUCUGCAAACGAUCCAAGCAGAGCUCACAUGUUUUACUUGCCAUAUAGUGCACUGAAGCUACGAAGUGCAACAAAUGCGACUGGAGCAACGAGGCAGAAAUUUCUCGCACUAUAUUUGAAAAACUACAUCAGUAUGCUUGCUGCAAAAUAUCCUUUCUGGAAUAAAACACAUGGAGCAGAUCACUUUCUUGUUGCUUGCCAUGACUGGGGACCACAACAGACAAGGCUUCAUGAGGAGGUUAAAUUGAAUACAAUCAAGGCACUGUGCAAUGCCAAUCCUUCAAAAGGCAUCUUCAAGUUAGGCAGAGAUGUUUCACUUCCGACUACAUACAUUCGCUCAGGACAGGAUCCUCUCAAAGAUGUGGGAGGUAAACCGGCACAUGAAAGACAGACUCUGGCCUUCUUUGCAGGUCAAAUGCAUGGUAGAGUUCGUCCGGUCAUGUUGCAGCACUGGGAACAAGACACAGACAUGAAAAUACAGGGUGAAAUGCCUGAUAGGAUCCAGAGCAAGGGGUCAUAUAGAGAGAAUAUGAAAUCUAGCAGGUACUGCAUCUGUCCCAGAGGUUAUGAGGUGAACAGCCCACGUGUGGUUGAGGCCAUAUACUAUGAGUGUGUUCCUGUUAUAAUCUCAGAUGACUACGUGCUACCAUUUGAUGAAGUUCUGAACUGGGAUGCUUUUGCAGUAACUGUACGUGAGAAAGACAUUCCUAGACUAAAGGAGAUACUGCUAUCUAUCCCAGACCACAGGUAUCGUAUGUUACAGUUGGGGGUGAGAAGAGUGCAGAAGCAUUUUCUUUGGCAUGCAAAUCCUGUUAAAUAUGACAUAUUUCACAUGAUUCUUCACUCAGUUUGGUUUAGCAGAUUAAGGCAGAUAAGGAUAUGACUUGUUUAGAGGUCUAAUUGCCACUUGAAUUGCUCAAUGCAAUGAAAGAAAGGACAUGAUGCAUUUGACAGAACCAGGACUUGCAUGCAGUGCUUAUUUUAUGACAAAGUUCUACCUAAGGGGUCAUAUGAGAGAUUAUAUUGUAGAUAUGCUUUGAUCAGAGGAACUUCUUUGCAUGGGUAUGUGUGCUAAUUGCUGUAAAUAAGGAUUUCUACAGGACGGUUAUUUGUUA